AUGGCUCUCACACGCAGUGGCAGCGUCUACACGUGGGGUAAGGGAGACUACCACAGGCUGGGGCAUGGGCACGAUGACCACGUGCGUCGACCGCGUAAAGAAGGGAAGCACGUUGUGAGCAUUGCCACCCUGCACUGCAUCGUGUCCACCGACCAGGGAGAGGUGUUCACGUGGGGUGACAACGACGAGGGACAGCUGGGUGACGGAACAACAAACGCCAUCCAGCGACCACGCAUCGUCACUGCACUACAAGGCAAGAAGAUCAAUAAGGUGGCUUGUGGAUCGGCUCACAGCCUCGCGUGGUCGACCGCCAAACCGAUGAAUGCAGGACGUCUGCCGCCGUCCGUUCCCAUGGAGUACGCUCACCUGGAACACAUACCUGUAUCCGUGCUGCGUAAUAGACUGGUGUUGCUGUAUCAAUUCUCCGACCUAUUCUGUCCGUCUAUACCGAUGUUUGAGGUCGGUGUGUCAUGCCGGGAGAAGGGAGAUGACACGGUGGUUGGCACCAACACCCUACGCGGUCUGCUCGUGUCCACGGGCAAGGAGGCAGCAUUCAGGAAAGUGGUUCAGGCCACCAUGGUGAGGGAUAGGCAACAUGGACCAGUUAUUGAGCUCAAUAGAAUCCAGGUAAUGCCCCCAUGUCUCGCUUUCCAGAACGGACUCGACACCACUCCAUUCGACACGGCCGCAAGAACCGCGCUCGCGAGGAGUCCGGAACAAAACAGCGACUGCUACCUGCUCAACCCACUCAGCGACAAAGAACCGACGGCGCACAUUUCGCCUUCCAUCGGCAAGGUUGAAUUGGGCAUCCGUCGCGAUCCACUGCAGCCCGCUCCUAUCGGCCUCCAACCUACCGAGCCCGUGUCGGAAGGCAGCUAG